UGCCAACAGCUCUAUCAGAGGCUUCCAAACACUAUGUGAAUGUUCAGCUGGUGGAUACAGGAAACCCGCUGAUUAAAAUGACCCGUUCUUUAUUGAGAGAUAAUCAAGUAGAGUUUCCAGAUGGAGACAGAGUUACCUGUCUCACAGCAGUCAGAGGAUCACCUGGCUUCUCUUCUGGACGACACUACUGGGAGGUUUCCUUAGUACCCUUAUCAAAUGUAAAUACAACACUGCCACCUAAGAAAUCCUGGUGGAUCGGAGUUACAGAUAAACAAGAAAUCCCUAAAGAUCAAAGUUUUCCUCUAUCCAUAAAAAAUGGUUUCUGGUUCCUUUUUUCUCGUCCUGAUAAAGAAAAUAGUGUUCAGUUUAACAGUGAACCAUUUAUAUAUUUUCCUUUCCAGUCAAGAUUAAAAACAGUCGGUGUUUAUUUGGACUAUGACAAUGGAGAGCUCUCCUUUUAUAAUGUGGAAGAAAAAUGUCUGAUUGGAUCUUUGAGAACCAAAUUUUCAGGGGAAAUGUUCCCACUUUUUAAUCCUGGGAAAGGUGACAUAUCAUCUAUGGAGAUAAUACUGAGACCUGAGCAGGAUCAGCCAAAUAACAGUGUUCCCAAUGAGAAAACGAAUACUGACCAGGGUCAGUCAAAAACCAGUGCUCCCAAUGAGAAAACGAAUACUGAGCAGGAUCAGUCAAAUAACAGCUCCUAA